AUGACAUCAUGUAUCAUAUUGUGAAAAACUGCUAUAGUGAGCCAAAAGGCCCAUAAGGCAACAGCAAACAGGGAAAAAACCAACUGCUCCAAAAGAAUGUGUUUUUCUCCCAUUCUGGAAAUCAACAUGCAGUCUGAAUCUAACAUUACAGUGCGAGAUGACAUUGAUGACAUCAACACCAAUAUGUACCAACCACUAUCAUAUCCAUUAAGCUUUCAAGUGUCUCUCACCGGAUUUCUUAUGUUAGAAAUUGUGUUGGGACUUGGCAGCAACCUCACCGUAUUGGUACUUUACUGCAUGAAAUCCAACUUAAUCAACUCUGUCAGUAACAUUAUUACGAUGAAUCUUCAUGUACUUGAUGUAAUCAUUUGUGUGGGAUGUAUUCCUCUAACUAUAGUUAUUCUUCUGCUUUCACUGGAGAGUAACACUGCUCUCAUCUGCUGUUUCCAUGAGGCCUGUGUAUCUUUUACAAGUGUCUCAACAGCAAUCAACGUUUUUGCUAUCACUUUGGACAGAUAUGACAUCUCUGUAAAGCCUGCAAACCGAAUUCUGACAAUGGGCAGAGCUGUAAUGCUAAUGAUAUCCAUUUGGAUUUUUUCAUUUUUCUCAUUCCUGAUUCCCUUUAUUGAGGUAAAUUUUUUCAGCCUUCAAAGUGGAAAUACAUGGGAAAACAAGACACUUCUGUGUGUCAGUACGAAUGAAUACUACACUGAACUGGGAAUGUAUUAUCACCUGCUAGUACAGAUCCCAAUAUUCUUUUUCACUGUCAUAGUAAUGUUAAUCACAUACAGCAAAAUACUUCAGGCCCUCAAUAUUCGAAUAGGCACAAGAUUCUCAACAGGGCAGAAGAAGAAAGCAAGAAAGAAAAAGACGAUUUCUCUAACCACACAACACGAGACUACAGACAUGUCACAAAGCAGUGGUGGGAGAAAUGUAGUCUUUGGUGUUAGAACUUCAGUCUCUGUAAUAAUUGCCCUCCGGCGAGCUAUGAAACGACACCGUGAACGACGAGAAAGGCAAAAGAGGGUCUUCAAAAUGUCUUUAUUGAUUAUUUCUACAUUUCUUCUCUGCUGGACACCAAUUUCUGUUUUAAAUACCACCAUUUUAUGUUUAGGCCCAAGUGACCUUUUAGUAAAAUUAAGGUUGUGUUUUCUAGUCAUGGGUUAUGGAACAACUAUAUUUCAUCCUCUAUUAUAUGCAUUUACUAGACAAAAAUUUCAAAAGGUCUUGAAAAGUAAAAUGAAAAAGCGAGUUGUUUCCAUAGUAGAAGCUGAUCCCAUGCCUAAUAAUGCUGUAAUACACAACUCUUGGAUAGAUCCUAAAAGAAACAAAAAAAUUACCUUUGAAGAUAGUGAAAUUAGAGAAAAAUGUUUAGUACCUCAGGUUGUCACAGACUAG